GCGCAUGCCGCCGUCAGUCGCCAUGCUCGCCGCGAACCACUCGCCCUCAACAGCCAAGCUGAUUGCCACGCUGUUCGCGUGCUGCACGCUACUGCCGCUGCUCGCGGGCCCUGCUGCCGCCGCCGCCGCCGCCGCCGCAUACUCUCAAACUUACACUACUCAAAUACAAAUGGGUAUAUCGAACCCGGAAUUCCUGACGAGGCAGACGUACUUCGUGCCGGAUGGCCAGUGCAGCGCCCAAAUAAUGCCGCCGGAGAUCUGCGCGGGUUCGCAGCCACUGGCGCUGCGCGUGGAGGUGACGGAUAGCGCGCCCUUCCCUGUGUUGCAGGUGCAGGAGACGCUGCAGACCGUGUACCUGUUCCGCGGCGCCGCGGGCUCGGGCAAGUGCGAGGGCACCGCCACCGUGCGCCUGCUGACGCAGUGCUAGCUAGCUGAGUAGUUCUCUUUUUCUCCCGUAUUUUUUGUACGAAACAUACAAAAAUAUUGCAGUAA